CGUUCCCUUGCGCGCACCCACAUUCAGACCCCCGUGAACAGCUUGACGUAAUUUUAUGACCUGCCAGGCACGCCUGAUCUGAUCUAAACCUCUUUGCCCAUACAAAAAGAAACGGUUUAAACGGCCGACCGAGCCAUGACGAAUGUUAGGGCUCGUAUAGAGACUUGGAUAUAACAUAUUAUUGUUAUUCCCCUCGCUUCUUUUUGUGUUGUUCCAUGUCUUCGUUGACUGUUUGAGUAACAAUCUUCGACAUUUUGGUACUUGAGGAGGAUCAAAAGCAACGAUGCAUUUCCUGAUCCCUUUCUCCAGCCUUCUCGCAGGCUUGGGAGCAUUGGUCUCCGCCGCUCCCAACCCCACAGGCGCUCUGUCGCUAGCUCAGGGCAAAGACCCGUUCACGUUCGACUACACGGCACCCAGUGCGAAUGCGAAGAACUGGAUCGGAAUUUACCACAUCACAGGCGGUGGUCCCGACCAGGAGAAGCAAGUCGACCCAUCUCUGACAUGGAAAUACGCGCCGGCUCAGAAGGGCAGCAUCAAGAUCGAUGUGCCGUUCGGAGGUGGUAAAUUCAAGGCAUACUUCCUCGCGAAUGAUGGAUACACUUGGAUUGCCAAUCCCAUUGAGAUAUCUGCGCCUACCAUCAGCGAUGGUAAACAGUUCAAAGUCUUGAGCUGGAAUCUUUGGCACGGAGGAACCAAAAUCAACGGCUACCACGAGAAACAAAUCAAGUUCAUCAAAGACCAAGCCGUCGACGUCGUUGGACUCCAAGAGGCCACAGGCGACCACGCACAGCGCCUCGCCAAUGCCCUGGGCUGGAACUACCACCAGAACAACGGACAAAAUACCGCUGGCAUCAUCUCCCGUUUCCCCAUCACCAAGCGACACGCAAAUCUAGGUGCACGAACCGCGGGUGUCGAACUCGCCAUCAACAGCGACAAGACCAAGCCCUUCAACUUCUGGUCCCUCCACACGACCGCAUACCCCUACGGACCCUACGAAUUCUGCUUCGAAAGCAAAACCUCCGCCCAAGUCGACCAAGCAGAGAUCAGCUCCGGGCGUGUAUCUGAGAUCAAGGCCGUCAUCGACGGGACGAAAGCGCAGCGCGAAAGCAACGCCGCGUUCAUCCUCGUCGGCGACUUCAACUCCCCGUCCCACCUAGACUGGACUGCCGCGAACAAGCACUGCGACGGCAAGGUCGGCGCCUACGCUUGGCCCGUCACGAAGUAUGCUACUGAACAGGGUGGCCUCACGGACACGUUCCGCAAGAUCCAUCCGGAUCCAAAGGCCACGCCUGGAGAGACGUGGUCCCCGAUCGUGAAGACGAACAGCGAAGCGGGCAGCGCGGGGAAGAAAGAGCCUCAGGACCGCAUUGAUUUCAUUUUUGCUAACGCGAAGCUGUCGGCGGUGGAUUCACAGGUCAAGGUUGUGGGUAUGCCGUCGGAGAAUUAUGUGAACAAUGAGUGGACGAGUGAUCAUGCGAGUGUGAUCACUACUUUCAAGACUCCUUGAAAGGCCAGCUUGAGAUGCUAGGGGCCUGAGGAAGGAUUGAGGGAUGGUAAUGAAUAUAGUAAAUGCAUGAAACUAGCAGGCGGAAAGCCUGACGUGCCCCCUCUCGGUACAUGAUAAUGUUCAAAUUAAUGUUCAAAUCAAUAUGGACGUAAUGGCUGGCGGGUUCCAUGA